AUGUUUCAAUACGUGAUUGGGCUCCUGGCUAUUAUUCUAGUGUUCUCAAACCCCAUCAGUGACUUCUUGUAUCCAGACCGGGUCACCCACAUCAACGAUGUAUCACCGCGCCCUAGGUUGAAUGAGUCGCUCCUAGCUAUUGAUCCGCCCAAUGCGACGGCGCCUGAAUGUGCUCCAGAUGGUUACGUUGCUAGAAUCGUGAGCAGAGAGCCUCUGGUGAUUUAUCUUGAGGAUUUCUUGAAUGGGGAAGAGAGGAAGCAUUUGCUUGAUAUAAGCGAACCGAUCUUUGUACCUUCAACCAUAACCAACAAUGGCGAGGCCACCCAUCGCGACUCUUCAGUCCGCGACUCUCGCGUUGCGGUCAUUCCCAGAACUGACCCUGUCCGCUGCAUUGAGUCGCGUGCCCGCGCUCUUCAAGGCUGGCGUCCCGAUCUCUGGAUCGAGCGCCUGAGGACUCAACGGUACGAUCCCGGUGGUCACUACAACCAUCACUUCGACUGGAGCUCUAGCACGCGCGGAUGGGGCCGUGUGAGCAGUCUCAUGGUAUGGGUCGAGGGUUCUGAUAGCCUUGAAGGCGGCGGCACCGAGUUUCCCCUUAUCAAGAGGCCAGCGGAGACGGAAUGGUGUCGGUUCAUCGAGUGUCCUGACGAUGCGGAGGAACAUAGAGGCAUGGGUGUGACAUUCAAGGUUGUGCCGGGGAAUGCAGUCUACUGGGAGAACUUUGCGGCGGAUGGUAGGGGGUACGAAGAGACAUGGCAUGCUGGGCUGCCCGUUCAGCAGGGAACCAAGACAGGGUUGAACAUCUGGAGUUUUGGACGAAUCUAA